ACAGCUAGCCUUUCGCAACCGGCUGUGAUAAUUAUCGAUAAUUGUCGAUGUGUCUAGAAGCAACUAGUUCGAGAAAUAUCAAUCGUUUUUCCAGAUGCCCGGUCAUGAUUACUGUUAUGUAGCGAACUCGUCGUUGUUAUUAUUACUGUAUCUGAUGUGAGGCUACAUGGCGUCCCCAGAGAAAGAGAAAAGCGGACACGGAGGUUUGGUUAAACACACAGGUGGAUGUCACUGCGGUGCUGUCCGUUUCGAGGUGUGGAGUGCUCCCGAUCUCCAUGUUUUCCAUUGCGACUGCGGGAUUUGCACGAAGAAACAGAACCACCAUUUCAUUGUACCCAAAUCCCAGUUCACCCUUUUAAAGGGUCUGGAUAAUCUCACAACGUAUACAUUCAACACUCACGUUGCCAAACACACGUUCUGCAAAACCUGCGGAGUGCAAAGUUUCUACACACCCCGCUCUAAUCCUGAUGGUUUUGGUGUGGCUCCUCACUGUUUGGAUCCUGGUACUGUGCGGAGUGUGACAGUGGAUCAGUUCAAUGGGUUGAACUGGGAGGAGAGUAUGCAGAAACAUCAGACUAUCAAAAGCAUGUCAAAGCCAAAGACAGAUCAUGCAUAACACACACACACACACACACACACACAGUUGUACUUCUAUCUUUGUGAGGACACU